GGGAUCCCAAAAGGGGAAGCAGACCAAAAAAGGAUCUCGCUGUUGAGGCGGAACACUCGACCUAACCUUCACGACCUGCGACGAUUUCUCUUUCUCUACUUUAUCUUCUAACGAGUCGACCGGAUUUUCUGCGAUGAAGUCUAUCAGGAAGUCCCUCAAUGGGCACAAGGACUCAGUUCGCAACCACAUUUCAACCCCCAUCCCACUGCCCUCAGUAUCCAAGCCCCCUACCUCUAUUAUGCCACCCCAGAAGGUCAUCAAGGCCAUCUCGCCGUACAGACCGCAGGCACCACAGGAGCUGGCUUUCCAGAAGGGAGAUUUCUUCUACGUGUCGGGCGACCAGGGGUCUUGGUAUGAGGCACAUAACCCUGUUACUGGUGCUCGUGGACUUGUUCCAAAGACGAUGUUUGAGGAAUUUCACAAGACUUCUUCAAUGCACUCCAGUCCUCCCACUUCUGCUCCGGAAGCUGUAUCACCAUCGAGCACUUUGCCAGCCCCCAGCAAGAUGAAACCGUCAAAAACAUUCUAUGCUGUCGUCCUACAUGACUUUGAAGCCGAGCGUGCUGAUGAACUUGAUGCUAAGCAAAACGACAACAUUACUGUCGUUGCACAGUCUAAUCGCGAAUGGUUUGUCGCCAAACCCAUCGGUCGCCUGGGUCGUCCAGGCCUUAUACCCGUCUCCUUCGUCCGGAUCCAUGAUCCAGCCACUGGAUUGCCGGUUCCCGAUGUUAACGCACUCAUGGACGGUGGAGAGCUGCCUAAAGUCGAAGACUGGAAGCGUGCCAUGUUUAAUUACAAACAAAACAGCAUCUCUCUGGGUGUCAUCGACUCGCCCAAUAACCGUGAAUCUGUUCCCAACAGUCCAUUUGUCACCCACGCUCCGCCACCCACUAAUCCCCUACCCAAUGAUCCCGAUACCUACGCCCAAGGCCUACCGCCUCAUCAGCAGCCUCAACCCUACACCGACGAGCAACCACAGGAGCCGGAGUGCCUCCCUGAAGGUAUUCUCCUUUCUGCGGAUGUAGUCUCGUUUCACUAUGAAAUGGACGAGUAUUGGUUCCGAAUCGAUGCCAUCUUCCAACCGUACGCUCCUUUAGGAGAGAAGCAGCUUCCACCGGCAAAACACUUGAUUCUAUUUCGGAUAUACAACGACUUUUAUGACUUCCAAGUCUCUUUGCUGAACUCUUUUCCACAAGAAGCAGGUCGCGAAGAGCCUAAUUCGCGAAUAUUGCCCUUCAUGCCCGGGCCUGCCACAAGUGUCGAUGACACUCUCACGGCGACUCGGAGAGCUGAAUUGGAUGACUACUUGCACCGCCUUUGCAGUUUGAGCAAUGAUGGCGCAAAAUACAUCCUGGAACACCGUGUUGUCAGGGAGUUCUUGGCACUUAAGCCCGGUGACGUCGAACAACCGGCGGAAGCGAGAGUUGGAGAGGUUGAGGCGUUGAUAAACAACGAUUUGUCGAGGGAAAUUGAGGAAUACGGAAGCGAAGUCCGUGAUACACUCGGUCAGAUGCGGAUAGAUGAAUAUGGCGACAAGAGUGAUGGAUCAGAUUAUGAGGAUGAGGGGUAUGCUCCCUCUCCGCCGCGCCAGGCUCAGGAGCAGCACUCAUACGAGCGACAUCCGUAUGGUCCUUCCAAUGGUCACCGACCGGCCGACGAAACGAACCUACGCCUACAUGCCCAUGCCUCAGAAUCACCAUCAACAGACCCAGUCCUCGUCCUCACUGAAUCUCACUCUCCUCAAUAUAGUCAGUCGCGGUGGAAUUCAACCACCUCGCACCAUGCUUCUGCGUCAACAUCUUCCUUGCGGAAUUCCCAGGCGGGCACCGGUACGCGCUCCAGAUCACACUCUACGACGACGACGCCGGCGAUCUCCCACACGAACCCUCAGACUGCGUUCGUGAAGAUCAAGAUUUAUGACCAGCAUUCAGAGGAUCUGAUUGCGAUACGAGUGCAUCCCAAGGUGACCCGCGCGGAAUUGAUGGAUAAGGUACAGACUCGGUUGGGCGCAGGUGUUGCGGAUCUGCAAUACCGAGACAGUAUGACAAACCAGUUUGUGUGGUUACAGGACGAUCUGCAGCUGAGGGCUUGGAUAGAAGGGACGGACAAGCAUGUUCUAUACGCUGGUUAGCCGGUGCUGGGUGAACGGUAACUGUCACGAGACUUUGUAUGCCCUCCUCAUUUGCUUCUUUUCUCUAAGUUCUUUGUCUUUUUGCUCCUUUUUAUUUCCUUCGAUUUCUUGUAUUUCUCUUGAACUAUAGGUAUACGUGUAAUAUGGCUACAUUGACUAGGGCUAUUACUUUGUUCUCUGUUAUGAUUCGGUAACUUUGUUGUGGAUCACAGCACAAAUGUAGGAUGUUUUUGUAUCCAUCUAAAUGUAACAGAGAUGUGAUUUUUCUUACACUUUAGCACUACUUACACUGCGCCUUUUUGCGACUUUAGCACCUAAGCUGUCGUGGAUGAUGUCAUCACUGACAUGUGACUUUCGAGCGGCCAGAGUCGGUCGUCGCCGUAUUCGGCC